AUGCCUCUCGAAGUCAGCGGCCUAGGGAGAUUCCGUCUGCCCUCGGCGCCGAAGAGGAAAGCAUCCGCCGAUACCCGGGCAAAAGACUCCCGACGACGACGACCACACGCCAAAUCUCGCAGCGGCUGUUUCUCAUGCAAGGAAAGUCGGGUGAAGUGCAACGAGGCUCGUCCGAAGUGUCAGCGGUGCUCGGUUCGUCGGAAGUCUUGCUCUUAUGACACUCUUAGCGUUCCACUCCCCAACGACUGCCGCAUGGUGGCGACUGUCUCGAGCUCGUUGGUCGAGUGUGGCUACGAUCAGAUCAGACAUGGGCCUUAUGAGGGAAUGCAUAAUGGUAGCGUUAUGACGCCGGAUGCAUACCUAGCCCGGAAUUUCGAUCAUUGUGUCGAUACGUCGUUUGCCUCGGAAGCGGGAAAGGUAAUAGCCAAGCGCUUUCUCUUGCCGGGCUGUGCUGCUACCCCGAUGCUUAUGCAUGCUCUUCUUGCAUUGUCGGCGCGAAAUAUUCAGUACCUUCACCCGACGGGCCGGUCCCACGAGCUGGCAUUCAGGUACCAUGCCCAGGAGGCGUCUGGGCUACUGAAUCGAGUGAUCCAAGAGGGCGUAGAUGCCCAUAAUAUCGAGCUGGUCUACGCUACGUGCUUGGUUAUUAACAUGGUUGCAUUCACGUCACGAGAAGACACGAUGCUCCAGUCGUGGGUGUUCAAAGAAGACGAGGCAUCCAUUACGGAGUCUUCUGUUUGGUACAUGAUACAGGAGGGCAUGGGGUAUCUAUCCCAUGUUCUAAAACAAAGUUUUCACCAGACCUUUUGGCGGCUGAAAAGUGACUUUGGCGAUGUACCGCCUCUCACACUCUUUUGUGUGACUGCUGGCGGGAGUGCAUCGGAGCGCAGAUCUCGGAUACCUUCGAUUCUCGCCGACGUGUGCCAGGUAACGUCGCAGAGUACUCCGGAGAACAAUGCAUAUUAUGUCCCUCUCGAGCUCUUGUCAUAUCUGUUCGGGCUGACGAGAGACAACGCCAAUAGUUUAGAUAGCAUUUUGGCAUUUGGACCUCGUGUUUCGCAUGAGUAUCGCAUGCUUGUUCGGCAGAAGGAUGAGCCCGCGUUGUUAUUGUUCAUGCUGUGGCUGCGACUGCUUUGUGGGGAGGUAUAUUGGUGGGUGACGGCGCGGGCGCGGAGUGAGUAUGCUGCUGUGUCGUGGCUGCUCGGUCAGAGUGAAGAUGUUAGAAUACGGACGAUUGCUCGAGACCCUGAUCUGGUCUUGCGGAGUCUAGAGGACAAUGAGGAAUACCAUCUAUAA